AAGCUUGAUGGAACGCUUCUAUCUCACACAACGAAUCUAAAUGCCUUUGUGUUAGCUCCCGCUGUACGAAUUUGUCGAGUCAGAGCACUGAAAGAAAGAAAAUAUCAACUUUCGGUUGCCAUUUUUGACGUCCGGGACGCCAACGCUCUGGUUGCUUAAGGUCCCUUUUAUUGUCAUUUAUGUUUUAGGUAGGACAAGAGAGCUGUUCAGGACAGUGCAUACCUGUACAAUGUGACCAUGGAAAUGACGAUGAAGUCCAAAAGGUGUUUGAUAAAGUUAGCAAAGAACAAAAUGGACGAUUGGAUAUACUUGUCAACAAUGCUUGCACAGGAUGGAAGGUAGGAUGUGUAAGCAGCAGUAGCUGCAGUAGUUAAAGUUUCAGCCCUGGAAAACAGAUGUAGCUUUGUUUAUAGGCUACAUGUGGAUGGCCAAAAGGUACAGUCAAGGCGCUCUUAACUGGCAUUCCCAUGGGAUACUUUGGAUUUCAAGUAAAGGGGAUCUUCGAAGGAUAUAUUGGGGUUUGAAAUUUUCGAUUUGGGAUUUAUUUGUGUCUGAAAAUUUAGCAAGGAUUAUUAUUAUUAUUAUUUAUUUUUUUUGGGGGGGGAGGGGUGGUGGGGGAGGAUGGUGGCUAGCCUGCGUCGCAGACUUAAUUUAACCUCGGUAGGUAACGUCUGCGAAGUAGCGCCUAAAUCCUUGUUCUGGGCCCCCAACGGACACAACCAAUCACCGGAAAUGGGUUUCGAAUUUCCUUUCAUCCUGAUUGGCUAGUCGACAAUGGUUUUUUAACAGGCCAAUGACAUGGCGCGUACUCAAAUCCAGGUACACAGGUGGGGGCCGAGAACAAGGAUUUCGGCGCUGUUUCGUAGACGGACUUAGUUUCGUCUGUGGCGUAGGCUAGGGGGGUGGCUUAAUUUUAGUGGGGAUUUUUGGGGGGGUAUUCAACACAAUGUGAAGAUUCUUGGUAGUACACAUUGUACCAGCGUUUCCCGGCCGCGUAGUUCUGCGAAUAAAGUACAACCAAACUUGUUUUGAAGAUAACUUCAAAUGGUAUGAGGAAUAAACAAUCAGAAACAUUCAUUUUUGUUAGUGGUAUAGUUUACUCAAACUCUGGUGUAACGUUAAUUUUAACGUUUUAAAUUUUGUUAUGGUCCAGGCAAUGUCGGAAAAUGCUGAAAAACCAUUUUAUGAACAGGUAAGAUCCUCAAUCUAUAUUUUGAUGUUGAAAAAUUCUGCUCUCUCAGAUAGUAUGUUGUUAUAUAAACAUCUGAAUCAUCAUACACGUGUUAAAAUUUCAACGGAUGCUUUCUUGCUCUUUGUUGAUAGAAAGGUAAUGUGAGUCAUGAUAGAUCCUUAUAUUAGUGUCCAAAGUCAAUGCUUCGGUUGUAAUAUUUUCCAAUCAAAUAUUGGCUAGUCAUCAGAAUUUCCGAUUAUAAGUUUUAGUUUAUAGUCUUACUGGUAUUUUCCCUGUAGUUGUUCAAUCAGUGUCUGGAAGAGGGUUCUUAUCAGGCAACCCGCUUCUCUUUUCAAGAUCUCUCAUCCCGAACUUCUGUCAUCUCUAUACAGAAAACUCAUUUUCCUUCUCAGUUUCGCAUCCCGUGCAAAGAUUUUAGCGCAUCCCGCUUUUCGACUAGUGGUCCUGAAAUCCCGUAUCCAGUCAAGAAAUUUGGCGUUUCCCCUAAUCCCGCGUUAUAUUUCGGUGAAAUCUCGGAUCGCGAGAGAUCCUGUUCAAUAAGACCGACCAUUGUAAAGUACUCUGCGAUAUUUGCGUGCAUUUUGAUUCUCUCCUAAAUUUGUUUCUUUUCGUGAGCUGUUUUCUUUCCUUCUCAUGAGUGCAUUCAGAGGGAGGUAGACAGUAGCACAGCUUGUAUAUUGUUUACGAAAAGAAAGAAUCUGUCAGGGAUAAUCAAUCUUUAAACAAUCAAUAGAUGUUUUCAGGUUGUGUCUUGUUUUCCCAUUUUAGAUCACGUGAUGGUGCCCCAGGGAACUCUCUCUUUCAAUUGUCGUUCUAUGCACGUGCACAUGUAUGCAUAAUUUGUGAAAUUUCCUUGGGAACAUCACCUGGUGUGAAUUGGGAAAACAAAACAUACAAGCUAAAAAGGUCUAUUUCUCGACUGAGAACGUAAAUUUUAAGGAGGAGGCGACGGUGUUCGGGGUAGGAGACACACACAAACUAAUUUUAUUUCUGACUACACUCCUGUUUCUUUAAAUUUCUGUUUUUUCCCAUUGUUUGGUCAAAGUUAACAUAGCGUACUUGUUUUCGUCUUCUAGCCUUUAAACGUGUGGGAUGAGGUUAACAAUGUAGGGCUUAGGUAAGAAAAUUGCUACAUGUUAUGUCGGUAUGUAGAGAAGGAACAGGCUGUAGCAGUGAUUGUAUAGAGCGUUUUCACAUGACGUCCCGGCGGCCAUAACGGUGUCCCAGACCAAUCCUGUGGGAGUUGAACUUUUUCUCAUGUAAAAUUUUUCUUUUGUUCCAACAAAUUUACAUAGUUGCUGACCACGUAAGUCAAAAGGCUGUAUAUUUUCUGAGUUUAUAAAUGACCGUUUUUUUCUCUAACAUCAUCGAAACGUUGCAGUCAGUCUGAAACAUUAAAUGCUUAAGGCCGAUGAAUAUUGGCAUUUCAUGAAGGAAAACAAGAAAUAGUCUUUUCGGUCUUCGUAAUAUCAAAAGUAUCGGUGUAAACUUGCUUUCUUUUCUAACGGAGAAGAGACCUUUAUUGCCCUGAUACUCACGGGGUGGAUGUCAGACUCAUAGCAGCUCGUAGACUUUAACUAAUCUUUCGUUUUUGUUUCAACAUUCUUUACAUCGUUUGUAAUUUUAAUUACAAAAAAACUAAGCGUUGUUAAAUGGUCUUCAACAUUAAGUAACCGUGAUACACCAAGCUGAGCACUUGGAGAUGAAAGAGUUUAGAAUGUUUCCUAUCACUGGCGUCCUUUUUGUCCCUUUUCUCCCUCCAGGUCUAAUUACAUUGCUGCGUGGCAUGCAGCUCGGAUGAUGGUUCCAGCCAAACAGGGACUCAUAAUCAACGUUUCAUCGAUGGGAGGAUUGACAUAUCUCUUUAACGUUGCAUAUGGCAUUGGAAAAGCUGCAGUACGUGCAACUUACUAUGGACUUCAAAAUGAAAUAGAAGUGUGUGUGUUAUUUUUUUUGUGUGGUUAUGUGUGUAGGCAUUCACGAAAUGUCGUUGGCUUAACAUAACGACACUUGCGUCUCCACUGAGUCGUAGAACAGUCACUAAAAAGUCUAUGCUCUUUCUUCAGCUAGUUGGAAUAACCCUUAAGUUUCUCUAAGUUAACUUUUAACAACCUUGUCUCCUCUGCCCUUCUUGUCUGCUUAACGACAAAUGAGAGAGGCCCUGGGAACGAGGUUGACUUUUUGACUCACGGCUUUUCCGAUGCGGGUCGGAAAUAUUUAAGAGGAAGUCUGGUUUACGCACUUAUGUCCUAAAAUACAGGCAAGUAUGGUUAAGUGAGUAUAUCACAUUUUAUAACAUAACAAAAGUAAAGCGCGCGCUCUGAUUGGUCAGGCAGCCAUCUACUACUUGCCUUUUGGUGCACGCCAAGAAAAGCUACGCCAUAAAAUUGAGGCAAAUUCAACAAAUUUCCUCUCCUGCGCGGUUUAAAAUGCACUGAUGAAAUAUACAAAUGAAAAGUUGAAGUUGAAGAAAAUUCUCAGUUGUCGUUUUGAAGGAAAGUGAAAAGAUCAAGCGACAAAUUUGCCUUGGGGAAAUUCAUCAUUGUUUUCUUCGAGGCUGAAAGCUCAGAAGAACAACCGAGCGAGCGAAGUUUUUGAAGGAUUUAAGCCCGAAAUUUAAGGUACAUUUUGUGUGUUUUUAUAGUAGAAAAAAGUCUGUUUUGAAAUAGCAGAACGGUCGUAAUACAACAGAUUUCUAAGUUGCUCACGCAUCGCAUCAGCGCCGGCUGUGUUGGCGAAUUUUUGCAAUUUGGACUUCCAGCUCGAUUUCUCCGGAAAAAUUUCGAUACGAAACUAGUCAAUUUCUUUGUAAAAUUAGUGUUAUCUGUUAUUCUAAAGGAAAUACAGUCAAUUUUUCUUAUUUCCACUUUUCGUUUAUUGCAUAAAUUGUCACACAAUUAUCACUUUACGUGGCAUAGUUUUUGAGGCGGUGUUUAGAGUUGCAGCUAUAGUUUUCCCUCAAAGUAUUUGCUCUAAUAUUAAGAACAAGCAGACAGACGCCAUUCAGAAUAACAACAAAAAACGUUUUGCAAUUUACCUUAAAACGGAGAACGGUUGAUUCAGCGAAAGCAAAACUCAAAGGCAAGUUUUUGAAAGGCACGAUUUGUUUACACGAAGGCGAUGACAGCAUACAUCAGCUCGUCUACAGUACCGAUGACUGAUUCAACGGAAGGCAAAUGGAAAUGUUUUCUCUUUUGAUUAUGUUAUAAAAGAAAUGGUAAACAUUGCAGCUGUGCAACCAUCGAGUUAUUGAUGCACUUGGGGGUUUGCUAAGCACUCAAGAAGCUAGAGGUGCUCUCGGCGUAACUUUUACUUUUUUUUCGUUCGUAGCAACCUCUCGCGUACAUCCUAACUCGAUGGUUGCACGCUGCUCGCUAACCAUUCCUUAAUGAUUGGGAUAUUUCACUUUUUCAUAUUGAAUCUUGUUGUACAGAAUUUUGUGCUUUGGUGACCACUUGUUGUUGAAGACGCUCAGAGAUGACUAUCACAAAAGCCUGCCUUCUUUGACAUUGUUCUUAAACCUCGUAAAAUACACAGACGAACCUCCCAUAAUGCCAUAAGCGCCCACUCAUACGAAAUUCGCACCACAGUGGGUCUCGUCCGAGAAAAAGCUUCAAAACAUCUACUCUUUACCAGAAAUUUAUUCCAUGCAACUUCUAAAUUAUGUAUCCGUGUAGUUCCAUGUUGUCUUUGAAAGUUCUUCGUAUAUUCGCUGAAUGGCGUAGUGUAUACAGCGAACAAAGAGACCACACCAUGCGUCACGUGUUCGCUUACAAGAGGUUAAAAACAAUUUGGAAAACUGUCAGACCAGAAACGAGAGUUCUUAUAAUAAGACUUUGAAUGAAAAAAGUUUAACGUUUUAGACACCGGUCGCUUAUAAGACGUGGUUGCUUAUGACGAAAGGUUGUCGCACAUGGAGUUUCGACUGCAAACGUGUAUCAGUAGGCGCUGUCUUCGGAGUUCUUGAAAUUUCCAAAUUUCUAGAACUUUCUCCUGAAAGCUAAAGACGUUUCUCGGCCUUUUGUCUUUUUCAAAAUCUCAGUGGACAUUCAUUGACUGCUACCUACUUUUUAAAGGGGCAUGUGUUUGAGAUCACCUUGACUGUAUUGAAAACUUUAUUUGCAUUCCUGUUUUUCUUAGAAUGAUCGAAUGGCCGCGGACAUGGCUGUGGAGCUGAGGAAAGAGAAUGUGGCCAGUGUGUCGCUUUGGCCUGGAGCUGUGAUGACUGAAAAUGUCAAAGACUUCUUAAGUAAUCCACAAGAUGAGAGGGUAAUAAUCAGACUUGAUUCAAAAAGCACUAUUUAAAACCACUGUAUCGUACUACGGUACAAAACGCUCAGCUAAAGAAACAACCACAUCAAAAAACAAAUAGAGGGUGCCAAAGAGUAUCUUUCAUUGGCGCAACAUUGUAAGUUUGAAAUUUAAGUGUUUUUUAGCGCCCGCUAUCGAUCGUGUUGGACUCGAGUCAUUACUUGAAAGGCCUUCCACUUCUUACGCCCACUAUUUUACUGAGAAAUGUGAAAUCCACUGCCAGCUUCCUUGACUUAUCGCAUCCUCACCAGGUUUCGUUUACCAGACGUUUCGUGGUGACUCAGCCAGGGCUCAUGGCUGCCGUAGCGGUCAUAUGGGUUAAAACCACAAAAUCCUUCUUCCCACCCCGUACUUUCAGUGCCCGUUCCCUCCCGUCAAGUUGUCGAAGAGGGGUUGAAAUUUAGGGGACUUUUUCUAUAUGUUGUUGUUCUCUGUUGUUCCUUUACAUGUUAUGGUUUUAUGAAUCUAAAGAAGACAAAUAAUUUGUUUACUGACGGGUUGAGGGGGAUGAAGGAUGAAGGUGUUGUCAAGUACACACGCUAUUGCGUUUGCAAACAAGAUUUCGCGACUUAAUUUUUUGCUGAAUUAGUAGUUUUCCUUCUCAAAUGUGGAUUGCAGAACCUUUUUGGUUGUCCUGAGUUAUUUUGGUGAAGUUGGUCUCAAUCGUAAGAUAAAAAAUUAAGCGAAGGCUGCAUGACUUAAGAGGACUCCUGUAUUAAGUGGACAUCAGCGAGAGUGCCCAAAAAGCAUAAAAAGCCUUCAUAGCCAAUAACAUCACGGCUUAACUGACAGACAACCAAUAACAUCGCGACUUAAUUGACCAAUCAGGUCAAUAACCAGAGUUUGAUACCAUCAACUGACGUGAUACAACUUACUUUGACUCUGAAGAUGACUACCGCACAGGUUGUCGAAACCUCAGUCACUGUCAACAACAGUCCUAUUCAGGACUACGUGAAGCCCGUAUCAAUUAAAAUAAUUCAUUCAUAAAAAUAAACAAAACUAAACUGUGUGUUUUUUACUCUGCAGUCAAGAAAGGCGGCUGCACUUUUCAAAGAUGCUGAGGAUCCAACAUUUUCAGGCAAGGCCGUGGCUUGGUUGGCUGCAGGUAUUAGUACAGUCAAUACCCCUGAUGUUCAAAAUCAACGCAAAAUGCUAUGAUACAUAAUAUUAUAUAUAUAAUCCUGGACGACCUGUAAGCAGAGCGUAUAAUUAGCAAUUAUUUGUUGAGGCUGAGUAUGAUCUGAUGAAUUCUGUAGAUCGAGAAGGUUAGUUAGAAGGUCGGCUGCUUUUUUUUUUUUUUUUUUUGCAAAACGGGUGAAAUUUUCCGUUAUUUUCUCCAGCUCUACGAAAACAGCUGAGCUAAUGCACCUUCGUCCCCAGGGCUUCCGGUUGCCGUCCAUUUUUCUGUCGAUAUUCCCUACUAUUGACGUCAUUUUACUGGAUAUCGCAAACGUCUUUCAAAAUUGGUCAACGCAAGCUGGCUAUAAAAGAAUUAGCUGGAGAAUUUGAGUCCACCAGAUAAACAAUUUGAAUAAUAAUUCUGUUUGUGCUAUUAAGUCGUCCUUGGAACAGCUCGUCCCAGAUAGUUUGGUCUAGCCCUGACUCGUUUUCAGACGUCUCUCUCUCGAUUUAAAUUUGCGCACAAACAAAGGCGGGAAGAAGAAAAAGACAAGAUUUGGCAGGCGCUUCGCCUCUCCUUUUUCUCCUUUCUUGGGUCCCUCGCGCCUCGUUACCAAUCCCUCGCGAUUCGCGCUGGCCUUUGUUCCCGACCAAAAGUGUAAAAAAAGACGCGCCCGAGGGGGAGACAGGUCUAGCCCAAUACGCGCUUAGUUCAACAGUCUCUGUCCUUAUUUCUGCAAUGUUAGAUCCAAACAUCAUUAGCAAAAGUGGUCGCAUUCUGGUAACAGCUGAGUUGGCGCAUGAAUACGGCUUUAAAGACUUUGGAGGUUAGUCUUUGUUGUUGUUGUUUUGCUUUUUUGCUUUUCGCUACUCUGUAUACAAACAACAAAUAUGGCAGGCGCGUUGCCAUAUAUGGAUCCCUCUACAGUUACUCUUACGCGUUAGCAUAGCCGGCUUAACAGUUAUUGAUUGCAAAUAGGAGCGUGUCCUAAAGGUCGAUACCUCGAUGCCAUCUAAGUACCAGGAUCAGGUUGCAUAAAACCUUCUUAAGACGAGAAAGGUCUUAACUUUUGUUCUGGAACAAUAACCUAUUGUUUUGAAAUAAUAGUUACGAGUUCCCUUAAUCUUAAGAUGUUUUUUGCAACCCGACCCAGGUUUCGAAGGACCAACCUAAACUGUUUUUUUGACUGAUAUAAAGCUUAACGUGAAAGUAACUGCUGAGUGGCAUUUUCGCUAACACUGAUGACUUUAAAUGAUGUAAAACAGAGAUGAAUUUUUUGUUCGUUUGUUUUUAAAUUAGAACGAUCAGGGUUCCGUAAGAAGUUGGCGAAAGCAGUUUUAAACUGCGAGGGGUUGCUAAUGGAUCUUAUCGACCUUGGAAGCGUAUUUCAAGAAUUCACCCUAUCGUACGAAAAAGAACUGAAUUUCUUUUCGUUCUCACAAGGGUUAAACUUAGAAAGUCCGUAGUUCUAACCCCAUCAGACGUAUUAAUUAAUGCCCAUUUUUCUCCCUAGGAGCCCAGCCAUUGUCAUUUCGGCAAGUCAAGAAACUCCUCUCGCUUCGAUAUCCUUCCGUGUCGUGGAUGAUCCCUGAGUUUGUUUAUGUUCCGCGCUGGUUGCUGGCAAUAGGCUGUCAUAAGUUUUAA